UGUUGACGAACAAAAAAAGAAGAAAUAUGAGACAAUUUCGUUUAUUUGUAGGAAAUAUUCCUGCUGGAACGACCGAGGAUGAGCUUUCUAGCGAGUUUAGUGCUUAUGGACACGUUAAAGGAAUUGAAUUGAAGCAAAAAGACGCAAGUCACUUCGGUUUCAUCAAUCUUGAGACCGAAGAUCGAUGUGUGGAACAAUGCAUACAAGAGUUCAGUCAAAUCCAGUACAAAGGACAAUAUCUGGCAGUUUCACGUGCCAAGGAGAGUUUUUUGGAUCGUCUAAAGCGCGAACGGGAAGAAGCUGAACAACUCAAGGCUCGCAAAGGUGGCGACAACUCCGGAUCUGAAUCGAAAUCGGUUGAAAACAGCAAGAAAAGCUCCCUUCCGACCCUUCCAACGUUCGUUGCAGCCACAAAAGACGACGAAAGUAGUGAAUCUAGUAGCGAAAGUGAAGAUGAAUUACCAGCUCCUGCACCACCAGUUCAAUCGCGACCACUAACAGAACGCGUAAAACCCCGAAACGAGGAUGAAUUUGUGAAAAAAUGGAACUCAGAAGCCUAUGUACAGAAUGGAUGUUUGAAAAUUGUGCCGAUUACGGGUGAAGUUGCCGAUGUCAUCAAGCAUCCGAAGGUGAAAGAGAUAAAAACCGGUCAAACGGAGCAAGAUAAGAAACGAUUAAAGGGUCUCGAGUCGAUCAAAAAUGCAUAUGACCAGAAAAUGAAGACAAUUCAAGACGCCUUAUCAGCUUCGAUCGACGGAAAAAGUGCGAAUAAGAUAGUUUUCGAUGCAGAAGACGGCGACGAAGGCAAAGGAUCUUCAAAUAAAUUGACACUUUUCGACGAAGAUCAGGACAACGAAGACUUGGUCGAGUACAAGCAAGAUUUUCAGGUCAAAAAACAAUUCCAAGGUGCCAAGGGAGAAGAACUUUUCCAACUGCAGGCGAAAUUUAAGGGAGAUUCACGUUUCGUCAUGGACAGCAAAUUCAUGGAACAAGAUCCAAAUAGCAAGAAAGACGGCAAAAACAAGGAAAAGCCAAAGAAGAAACCGACAACAGUCGAAAAAGAAAUCGAACAACAGCUGAAAUUGUUGCAACAAAUGGGAACAACUGUCGAUCCAAAGCGUCCGCAAGACAAAAACAAGACAAUGGUGCGAUUUGACCCAAGCAAUCCGGAACAUAACAAAUAUUUAGCCAGUAAAAAUGAUGACGGGCUCGAUCGAGCGGGAGUUGUAGCUCAAACUGUCCAAGAAGAAUACGAAGUUUCAACGGAUCAAUACACAAAAGUCAGUAAAUCGCUGAAAGAAACCUUGGGACAAGGCACUGGCGGGUUUAGUUUGCUUCAAAUGUUUGGAAAAAACGACAACGAGGAGCAAGAAACAUCCGGAGGACAUGAAUUCACAACGGGACCAACUUCGAGUGAAGGGAAAAGAUUCCGUUAUGACUCGUCUGACGAAGAAGAUGACGUUGAAAAGGCUGGAAAACCAGCUAAAAAGCUGAAAAUCGAAUCAAAACCAGAAACUGCCAAGGUUACUAGUGGAAAAUUCUCCAAAAUGGGCGUUUUUCAGGAAAACUUUUUCAUGACUGCUGAUGAUGAACGAUUAAAAGAGGGCCUUAAAUUCUUUAUUUUACCAUCGACCAGCUCGAAAGACGAAGAUCGAGAUGCGGUAAUGAAAAAUUUGAAACAGAUCACCAAACAAAAGGUGAAGAAACAGAAUUUGAUGAAGAGUCGCAAAGAAAUGUACGUGAAAUCCUUCCAAAAAUCAACGUCACAGAAUAAAUUUAGUGGAAAACGGAGGAAUAAAGCGUAUUAAAAAAAUAUUUUGAAAUAAAUUUUAAUUUUUUUUUAUUUCUUA